GAUCGUUCGAAACAAGAUCCCAUCUCCAUAGCUGCCGUGUAGCCUGCGAUUCGAAUAAGAUGGGGGAGCAAGGAGAGGUUUACAUCUCAUCCAAUCCUGAAGAUGCUAAAGUUGUUGAGGGAUUCAGGCUCGAGCAUAUGAACAUGCGAGAUGCAGACUCAGGGCAGAUCUUGUGGGAAUCGCCAGCAGACUGGGAGGGAAAGUUCUUCUUUCAAGAGCUCGAGGCCCACGUGCCGCGGGAAAUCCUCGCAUGCAAGUCUGUGUCAAGGGAAGUGAGGUUUUCUUCGGUGGAGAAGAUGGACGACUUCAAGCUGCUUCAGAAAAUUUACUUCCAGGGCUCUUGUUUCGAGGAGUGGUUUUUCAAGUUCGGCUUCGUGAUGCCCAACUCCACCAACAGCUGGCAGAGCACGAUAGAAGCUGCGCCUGAAAUGCUUCCAGCUGAAAUUUUGUCGGGCAAUGUUACGAUAGAAAGCAAUUUCUUCGACGGGGAGAGGCUGCUGGCCAAGAGUUUAAUACGAGUGUUCUACGAGUAGAACACUCGUAAUAGUUUCCAGAUGAUUCUUCUUGAACGCUGCAAAGUCGU